AUGGGAAAACUGAUCAGGAUGGGGACACAGGAGAGGCGGUUACUCAGACCAAGGAGGCUUUAUUGGAGUCGCCUCCUUUUCCUCUUGGGAAUGUUGAUCAUCGGUUCCACUUAUCAGCACCUGAGGAGACCCCAGAGCCCCCCCUCAGUGUGGACAAAAGUCUCUUCCCAGCAGCCUAUUAAACUGUUCAGCAGGGACCUCCCCAGUGAUGAGAUGACAGUGGUGGGCAAUGACCCUCUAGAGGCUAGCUCUGAAGUGGAGGGUGAAGGGAUGGCACCCCGAGACACAGUGAUCAGGGCUGAAGCAAUGCCUAGUUUAACAAUGGAGGACACCUCCAGCCCACCCAGAACAACCAAGAUCACUCCAAUAUCACUAAAGAAUAACAAUAGUCCUAUAACUGCUGGCACAGAAAGAAAAAGGAAAACCGUUCCACUCACAUACAGCAGAGCGCCAAAUCACUUCAUCUCAACUUCAGGCAGACAGAGGGUAAAAAGCUAUACCCCAACACCCAGGGGAGAAAGGAAGAACUCCAGCCCAACUCAAGCCAGGGAAAAAGGAGGAAUGGAUACCCCAUCCCCAGCAGAUGCACCGUCAGCCAUCACCCCUGCAGCAACAGAGAAAGACAGCGAAGCCAUGGCAACCUCGAGGAUACUGGAGACCAGAUCUCCUGAGAGAACAGUAGAAGAAAGCACUGCAGCUUCUCUCUUGGGCAGCAUCCCAGAGACCAUGGAAGGUUCUACUGCUGUCCGGAGAAUUAGCAAUCCCCUGUCCAGAACCAGCCCACCAGCCAUUAGAGCUGCCUCAGCCACCAACAGGGAGCUGGCAGAGAGACCUUCCACAGCGCACAGCACCCCAGUAACUCCCGAGGUCAAGGCAAUCCUGACCACACAGGUCCACCGCUGUGUGGUUGUGGAGCCAGCUGUACCCAGGUCCCCAUCUGUGACAACCAUCCUGUUCCCAGAUGCGCCCAGUUCCAGUCCCUCAGCAUUGCCGCCUGGCUGGCCAAACACCCACCCUAAGGCAGAGUACCCCCCAGACCUGUUCAGUGUGGAGGAUCGGCGACAGGGCUGGGUGGUCCUCCACAUCUUCGGCAUGAUGUACGUGUUUGUGGCCUUGGCCAUCGUGUGUGACGAGUACUUUGUCCCAGCCCUGGGAGUCAUCACAGACAAGCUGCAGAUCUCCGAGGAUGUGGCAGGUGCCACAUUCAUGGCCGCUGGAGGCUCAGCCCCUGAGCUCUUCACCUCCCUCAUUGGUGUCUUCAUCUCCCACAGCAAUGUGGGGAUCGGGACCAUCGUGGGCUCUGCUGUGUUCAACAUCCUUUUCGUCAUCGGCACCUGUGCCCUCUUCUCCCGGGAGAUCCUCAAUCUCACCUGGUGGCCCUUGUUCCGAGAUGUCUCCUUCUACAUCCUUGACUUGUCCAUGCUCAUCGUCUUCUUCCUGGAUAGUCUCAUUGACUGGUGGGAGAGCCUGCUACUGCUGCUGGCUUACGCUCUCUAUGUGUUCACCAUGAAGUGGAACAAGCAGAUUGAGUGCUGGGUGAAAGAGCAGCUCAGCAGGAGGCCAGUAGCCAAAGUCAUGGCUCUGGGGGACCUUGGCAAGCCCAGUGAUGGCACCACUGAGGAGAAUGAGCAACAGGAUAACAAGAAGCUGAAGCUCCCGUCUGUGCUGACCCGAGGGAGCAGCUCGGCCUCGCUGCACAACAGCAUCAUCCGCAGCACCGUCUACCACCUCAUGCUCCACAGCCUGGACCCCAUGGGGGAAGCCCGCCCCUGCAAGGACAAGCAGGAGAGUUUGAAUCAGGAAGCCAGAGCUCUCCCGCAGACCAGAGCCGAGAGCGGCCCGGACGAGGAGGAGCCAGCUGAGCUCCCUGCGGUCACGGUCACACCAGCCCCUGCUCCAGACGUCAAGGGAGAUGAGGAGGAUCCAGGCUGCCAGGAAGAUGUGGAUGAGGCUGAACAUACAGGAGAAAGGACAGGUGAAGAGGGUGAAACUCAACCAGGUGAAAGGGAAACUGAAACAGAAGGAAAAAAAGAUGGAGAAGAAACUGAGGCAGAAGGAAAUGAUGAACAUGAAGGGGAAACUGAGGCAGAAGGAAAAGAAGAUGAACAUAAAAGGGAAACUGAGGCAGAAGAAAAAGAAGAUGAUCAUGAAGGGGAAACUGAGGCAGAAGGAAAAGAUGAUCAUGAAGGGGAAGCCGAGGCAGAAGGAAGUGAAGAUGAACAUGAAGCGCAAUGUGAAAUCCAAGUGGAUGACAGUGAGAUGAAAGAUGGUGAAGGUCAACCAGAAGCCAAUGCUGAAAAUGAAUGUGAGGCCAUCCAAGGUGAGAAAGGUGCAGAUGGUGAAGGGGGAAGUGAUGGAGGGGGCAGAGAAGAAGAAGAAGAAGAAGAAGAAGAAGAAGAAGAAGAAGAAGAAGAGGAAGAGGAGGAGGAAGAGGAAAAUGAAGAACCUCUGUCCUUGGAAUGGCCUGAGAGUAGGCAGAAGCAGGCUAUUUACCUCUUCCUUCUGCCCAUCGUGUUCCCACUGUGGCUGACAGUACCUGAUGUGCGGAGGCAGGAGUCCAGGAAGUUUUUUGUCAUCACUUUCCUGGGAUCUAUCAUCUGGAUAGCCAUGUUCUCAUACCUCAUGGUAUGGUGGGCUCACCAGGUUGGUGAAACCAUUGGGAUUUCUGAAGAGAUUAUGGGUUUGACAAUCCUAGCAGCAGGGACUUCAAUUCCUGACCUCAUCACCAGUGUGAUUGUUGCCCGAAAAGGCCUGGGAGACAUGGCUGUGUCAAGCUCAGUGGGCAGCAACAUAUUUGAUAUCACAGUGGGCUUGCCUGUCCCAUGGCUCCUCUUCUCCCUCAUCAACGCACUGCAGCCUGUUCCAGUCAGCAGCAAUGGCCUGUUCUGUGCAAUUGUCUUGCUGUUUCUCAUGCUCCUGUUUGUAAUCUCCUCCAUUGCAUCAUGUAAAUGGAGAAUGAACAAGAUCCUGGGCUUCACGAUGUUCCUUCUUUACUUUGUGUUCUUGGUAAUCAGUGUGAUGUUAGAAGACCGAAUCAUAUCCUGUCCUGUAUCUGUCUGA